UCCGCCAGCCGGCAGCAUGCGGCCCCUGCUCUGCGCGCUGGCCGGGCUUGCCCUGCUCCGCGCCUCGGGUGCCUUCACCGCUGCUGAACCCUUCAUCCCCUCCCGAGGAGACCCAGCUCGGACUGCAGGGUGUGACAGACACAUGGCUGUCCAUGGCCGGUUAGACGUCAUAGAGGAGACGGUGGAGAAGACAGUGGAGCACCUGGAGGCAGAAGUGAAAGGCUUGCUGGCUCAGCUGGAGGAGCUGGCUUGGAAUCUGCUCCCGGGCCCCUUCAGCCUGAUCCCCGACCUCGCAGAGGAGCCGGUGAGCAGCUCAGAUCGCCUCUCAGCACCAGAGCAGGAGCCACCCAACAGCUGGCAGUGAUACAACAGCUCUCCUCUGAGAACAGAGCCGUGAGCUCUGGCCUGCCGUCCUCAGCUUUGUGCAAAAUAAAAGCUACUCCUUUGGUC